AUGGAUCUUGACUGGUGUCUGAUUUGUGAUCAAAAGACCCAGGAUUCUUUAUAUUGCAGUGAAGAAUGUCGUUUCAAAGACCAUUUGUCAGCGUAUGCUUAUCUCACACCUCCGCCCUCUCCUCUUUCCUCUGGUUCUUCUACACCGACAAAGAGUAGUAGUACUGGUACUUCUACAACUUCUAUCAGCGGUAGUCUAUAUCUUUUCUAUAGAAAACCUUCCCCUGGUUUUCAGAUUCCAGUUCAUCACGAAUCAACUGUUUGUGCACUACCCUUGUCUCCUUUUAUGAAAAGAUCACCGCCAUCCACUAUUAAUCCUUCUAAACGACAUUCUUUCAAUAAUGUGACCGAAAUACCAUCCUUGAAGACUUCAAAUGUCACGAACAUGUCUUGCUCAUUGGACACUCAACAACACGUUUAA